GUCCCCAUCAGCCUGGGAGAGGCUGUGUGUGAUGGCACACGACUACAAGAAGAGGAAACACGUCUUCAAGUUACGGCUAGGUGACGGUAAGGAGUUCCUGUUCCAAGCUAAAGAUGAGACGGAGAUGGCCUCGUGGAUCCACUCCAUUCAUAGCUCCAUCCCAGCAGGGGGUCAGGAGACCUCUCCCCGGAGGCCCCAGGGCCCUGAGCCGAGCCAUGACUAUGCCCCCCAUCUCCCCAGCUCAGCAGACGCUGCCGGAGUCACCAUGCGCAACAAGGAGGGCAAGGAGAGGGACCGUGAGAAGAGGUUCAGCUUCUUUGGAAAGAAGAAAUAAAACAUUUGUAAAACAACAACAUCAAGGAAAAUUAUAUUCCUCAAAAUUCCAACAAACUGAAACAG